AUGUCGCUCGCGUUGCUGAGCCUGGCCGCGCUGUGCUGGGGCGCCGCGUCCCUGGAGCCGACUAUUCAGUGUGGCUCUGAAAACGGACCAUCUCCAGAGUGGAAGGUCCAUCACGCUCUGACCCCAGGAGACUUGUGGGAGCUCCGAGUGGAACCUGUUAAAACCCGCGUUGCACUGGAGGAGUAUUCACUUCUGAUGAACAUAAGCUGGAUACUCCGGGCAGAUGCCAGCAUCCGCAUGUUGAAGGCCACCAAGAUCUGCGUGACCAGCAAAAGCAACUUCCAGUCCUAUGGCUGCGUGAGGUGUAAUUACACAGAGGCCUUCCAGAGUCAGACCAGACCCUCAGGUGGCAAAUGGACGUUUUCGUACACAGGCUUUCCCAUAGAGCUGGACACAGUCUAUUUCAUUGGGUCCUAUAAUAUCCCCACUGCAAAUAUGAAUGAAGAUGGCCCUUCCCUGUCUGUGAAUUUCACCUCACCAGGCUGCCUAGACCACAUAAUGAAAUACAAACAAAAGUGCAUCGAGGCAGGAAGUCUGUGGGAUCCAAACAUCACUGCUUGUAAGAAGAACGAGAAGAUGGUGGAAGUGAAUUUUACAACCAGUCCCCUUGGAGACAGAUACAUGGCUCUUAUCCAAAGUAACGCUGUUCUUGGAUUUUCUACUGUGUGGGAGAAAAAGCUAACCCGGACUUCUGUGGUGAUCCCAGUCACUGGGGAAAGUGAAGGUGCUGUGGUACAGCUGGCUCCGUAUUUCCGUACUUGUGGCCACGACUGCAUCCGACGCAAAGGAACUGUUGUGCUUUGCCCCAAAACCAGUUACCACAACACUCCGGAUAACAACAGAAGGGUGUUGGGAGACUGGCUGCCUCUCCUCCUCCCAGCUCUGCUGGUGGUGACGUGGGUGCUGGUGGUUGGAAUCUAUCUACGACGGAGGCAUGAAAGGAUCAAGCAGACUUCCUUUCCUGAUACCACACUACUGCCUCCCAUUAGGGUUCUUGUGGUUUACCCAUCUGAAAUAUGUUUUCAACACACAGUUUGUUACUUCACUGAAUUUCUUCAAAAUCACUGCAGAAGUGAGGUCAUCCUAGAAAAGUGGCAGAAAAAGAAAAUAGCUGAGAUGGGCCCAGUGCAGUGGCUUACCACUCAGAAGAAAGCAGCAGAUAAAGUAAUCUUCCUUCUUUCCAAUGAUGUCAACACCAUGUGUGAUGGUACCUGUGACAACAGCGAGGGCAGCUCCAAUGAUAACUCCCAAGACCUGUUCCCCCUUGCCUUCAACCUCUUCUGCAGUGACCUAAGAAGCCAGACUCGUCUGCACAAAUACAUGGUGGUCUACUUUAAAGAAGCUGAUAUCAAAGACGGUUACAGCGCUCUCAGUGUCUGCCCCAAGUACCACCUCGUGAAGGAUGCCACUGCUUUCUGCAGAGAACUUCACAGCAAGCAACAUGUGUCAGCAGGAAAAAGGUCACAAGCCUGCCACAACUGCUGACCCUGCUCCUAGCACACUCAUGAGGACCAAGAGAUGCUGAAGCCUUCCUAUGCUACCACGUUCCCCUCUCUAAGGAAAAAAGCAUUUGUGGUGAUCUUGAAGCUUACUGUACAGGCUACUUGGAGGGAAGACUAUGGAGGACUCAUACUAGAAGCAUAUGCCUUAGUUUAGUAAUUAAAAUUUUAGGCCAAUAAAACAUUGUUGUUAGAAAUAUUACCAUCUUAGCAUUAACUAAAAAAUUGAAACUAAAUUUAUAAUAUUAACUCAAUUUUUUAAUCUAAAAAUCAAGAUUAGCUAUGAAGGAAACCACAACCAUUCUGACAAUGCGGUCAUAAAGCAUUUUCCAGCCAAAUGACAGUCUUGAAUAGUCCAUGUAUUACACUGUAGGUAGAAGUGGUUAGCUCGGUAACAGUCUAAUUAAUACCAAAUUUUAGAAGGCUUUGCUAAUUCACUCAAUAGCUUGUUGUCGGUAGAUGCUGUUGAGUCCAUUCCAACUCAUAGCGACCCUAUCUAUGUAUGACAUAUUGAAACUCUGCCCCAUCCUGAGCCAUCCUC